AUGUCGAGCGCGGAGAACAAGUUGGGAAGGAAGGGUAAGGUCUACGUGAGCACGGUCAUCGACGCCCCCAUCGAGGCGGUGUGGGCCACUGCCGGACGGUUCGCCGACCUCUCGUGGGGCGGCGUCAACAGCAAAUACCUUGAGGAGGGCUACGCGAAGGAGGACAAUGUGGUGGGCAAGCACCGCCUGAUUGACCUGGGUGGCAAGCACAUCCACGAGAUCCUCACCAGCCUCUCCGAUGCUGAGCACUUCUACACGUAUCACAUUACCAAGUCGGAUGAGGGCGUGUUUCCGGGCGCCUUGGCCAACUACCACGCGCGCAUAUCGUUCAAGCGUGUGACCGACAAGAACGCCACCUUUGCCGAAUGGAGUGCCGAGUUCGAUGGCGAGGAGGCGACAGCGGCGGCCGUGGAGCAGGCCAUCGGGCAGGGCGUCUUCACGGGUGCCUUCAACAGCCUCCGCAAGGCCUUGGCCGACAAGACCAGCGGCGCUUAA